AUGGGUGCCAAGAAGAAGACGACGGGCCGCGCCGCCGGCAAGAAGCAGGCGGCGGAGCCGGAGGUGGCGAGGGCGCCGACGCCGUCCGACGAGGCGUCGCUUCACGACGAGGAGGCCAUUGAAUUCGACGAUGUGCUUCCCGACGACCACCGCGCAGCGGCGGCGGCGGCGGCGGACGACGGCGACGACGAGGCCAUCCACGACGAUGACGACUUUGAGGUGAAGGCGGAGAAGUAUCGCCGGCGGAUGCUCGCCCUCAGCCGCGAGGCCGCGGAGGAGCGUGAGGCGGAGAUGCGCACCCGUGCGGUGAGGUCGACCCCGCUGCACGAUGCCGAGGAGGCGGCGGAGCAGAUGCAGCUGCUGGGCCAGCGGCACACGACGGAGGAGCUGCGGGACCGGGUCCAGGAGACAGUUCGUGUGCUGUCGAAGUUCAAGGAUGAGCGCGAGGAGGAGCGGACGCGCGCGGAGUACAUGGAACUGCUCCGCUCCGACCUUAUGGAGCUAUACGAAUACAAUGAGUUCCUUACGGAUGCCAUUUUGCUGCUCUUCCCACCGGCCGAGGCUGUGGAGUUUUUCGAGGCGAUGGAGAAGCCGCGGCCGACGACCAUCCGCGUGAACACGCUGAAGGCCAAACGCCGGGAUUUGGCCCAGACGCUGGUGAAGCGCGGCAUGAAUGUGGAGCCGCUGGAGAAGUGGUCCAAGGUUGGUCUGCAGGUGUUUGAGUCCAAUGUUCCAAUAGCGGGUACGAUCGAGUACCUUGCCGGGCAUUACAUGCUGCAGUCGGCCGUUUCCUUUUUGCCGGUGAUGGCGCUCGCCCCGCAGGAGCAGGAGCGUAUUCUCGACAUGGCCGCCGCGCCGGGGGGCAAGACAACGUACAUUGCCCAACUGAUGAAGAACACAGGGGUGCUGUUUGCCAAUGACGUGAGCGAGCCCCGCACCAAGUCGUUGAAUGCCAACCUGCAGCGUCUUGGGGUGACAAACGCGGUGGUGACGAACUACGACGGCGUCGGCUACGACAAAGUCAUGAAGAACUUUGACCGCGUUCUUCUCGACGCUCCCUGCACGGGCAGCGGCAUUAUCUCGCGCGACAAGAGCAUCAAGACCAGCAAGCACUACGAGGACGUCCAGCGGGCCUCGCAGCAGCAGCGAUCCCUCCUCCUCUCCGCCAUUGACGCGGCGAAGGUGGGCGGCUACGUCGUCUACUCCACCUGCUCGUUCCUCGUGGAGGAGAACGAGGCGGUCGUGGAGUUUGCGGUGCGGCGACGUCACGUGGAGAUCGUCGAAAUGGGGCUUCCCUUCGGUCGCCCCGGGCUCACAAAGUACCGGCACCACCGCUUUCACGAAAAGAUGCAGUGCUCGCGCCGCUUCUUCCCGCACGUGCACAACAUGGAUGGCUUCUUUGUUUGCAAGCUGAAGAAGUUGUCGGGCGAGCGCGCAGAAGUCCACGACGCCAAGGAGGAGGCGGAGGGGAAACGCAACGGCGUCUCAGGACGUGGGAAGAGCGGAAAGAAGAUGCCCAGCAAACGUCCGCGCGACAGCAGCGCAGACGCAGUGGCGAAGGCGCCACCCAAGGCGAGCCGCCUCAGCAUCCCUCCAGCGAAGCAAAGGAGCGGAAAGGCGACGAAGCCCCGUAACGCGUAA